UGCCGGGAGCUCGGUGCGUAAUGGCGACGCCCAGCCUGCGGGGUCGGCUAGCGCGGCUGGGAAACCCACGGAAACCUAUACUGAAGCCCAACAAGCCGCUCAUCCUAGCUAAUCGUGUCGGAGAACGACGCCGGGAGAGAGGCGAGGCGACUUGUAUCACAGAAAUGUCGGUGAUGAUGGCAUGUUGGAAGCAGAAUGAAUUCCGCGACGAAGCGUGCAGAAAAGAGAUCAAGGAAUUCUUCGAUUGUGCUUCGAGGGCCGAGGCAGCGCGAAAGAUGAGAUCAAUCCAUGACACGUUGGGAGAAUCUGGGGGUUUACCCCCCAAGAAACUGAAUAAAUUGUUACAGAGGUUUCCUAACAAAUCUCAUGUCAGUUGAAAAUGAAGAAGCAUUUUCUAUGACUGGACUGUUAGCCUACUGAGAACUAUGUGUAGGUGUUUUGGAAACGUUUGCACUGCCACGCGCUAUUUGCAGGGUGAAAGGAGGCAAGACACUUUUUCAUCCUUUGGAAUCAUUGUCAUGGUGGAAGUUAUGCUUUAUUUUGAAAUAAAAUCCUCUGAAGAUAAA